AUGGCGGCGGCGGAGCCCGCGAGCUCGGGCCAGCAGGCGCCGCAGGGGCAGGGGCAGGGCCAGCGGCCGCCGCCGCAGCCCUCCCAGGCACAGUCCCCGCAGCCGCCGCCGCAGCAGCAGCAGCUCGGGGGCGCCGGGGGCGGCAGCAGCAGGCACGAGAAGAGCCUAGGGCUGCUCACCACCAAGUUCGUGUCGCUACUGCAGGAGGCCAAGGACGGCGUCCUGGAUCUCAAAGCGGCUGCAGAUACUUUGGCUGUAAGGCAAAAAAGAAGAAUUUAUGAUAUCACCAAUGUCUUAGAAGGAAUUGACCUGAUUGAAAAAAAGUCAAAAAAUAGUAUCCAAUGGAAAGGUGUAGGUGCUGGCUGUAAUACUAAAGAAGUUGUAGAUAGAUUAAGAUACCUUAAAGCUGAAAUUGAAGAUCUAGAACUGAAGGAAAAAGAACUUGAUCAACAGAAGUUGUGGCUACAGCAAAGCAUCAAAAAUGUGAUGGACGACUCCAUUAAUAAUAGAUUUUCCUAUGUAACUCAUGAAGACAUCUGUAAUUGCUUUAAUGGUGAUACUCUUUUGGCCAUUCAGGCACCUUCUGGUACACAGCUGGAGGUACCUAUUCCAGAAAUGGGUCAGAAUGGACAAAAGAAAUACCAGAUCAACCUAAAGAGUCACUCAGGACCUAUCCACGUGCUGCUUAUAAAUAAAGAGUCCAGUUCGUCUAAGCCCGUGGUUUUUCCUGUUCCCCCACCUGAUGACCUCACACAACCUUCCUCUCAGUCCUCGACUCCAGUGACUCCACAGAAAUCCAGCACAGCAACUCAGAAUUUGCCUGAACAGCAUGUCUCUGAAAGAAACCAGAGUCUUCAGCAGACACUGGCUACAGACAUAUCUUCAGCAGGAUCUAUUAGUGGAGAUAUCAUUGAUGAGUUAAUAAUGUCUUCUGAUGUAUUUCCUCUCCUGCGGCUUUCUCCUACCCCAGCAGAUGACUACAACUUUAAUUUAGAUGAUAAUGAAGGAGUUUGUGAUCUGUUUGAUGUCCAGAUACUAAAUUAUUAGAUUCCAUGGAAACUUGGGACUGUUAUCUACCUCUAACUGUGUAACAUUUUAGAUUUCUUCAUAACCUAAGUAUUUAAAAUAAUGAAUGUAACACCUUUUU